UGGCGCUCUAACGACUGCCCCGCCAAUCGUAACGCACCUGCCCAUUAACGUCGAUACGUUUGAUGUAUUCUUAAGGUGGGAGACACGCCAAUCAGUACAGGUAGGUACCACGGACCGUCCAUGCUCUCAACUGUUAUGUACCUCUUAUAUGUACUAAACGCAAUCGCACGUUCUCAGGUUCUUAGCUUCUCUGACACACAUAACCAACCUUGGAACCUGGGCAGCUCCACCGAAACUGCCUUCCCCCUCCUACCUCCUCGUCACUCCCAUCUUUCCCACUCCUCACUCUCUCAUCUUCCAACCUCAACGACGUCGGCGAUCUGGGGAACUCGUUCAAUAUCACCGAGUCAUUCAUUUUCCAUUAAAUUCGCAUACCCUAUGUUUCCGAUUUAUCCUGCCAUAUAACUGGGAACCAUCCGAUAGUCUCGAGGCGUUCAUUCGGCACUCAAGGCUCGGCAACCACCAACUAUUGUUCUUCCGCCGGCUUCUAGAAC